AUGACAAAAACGUUAAAAAGGGUCCAGCAGGAACUUAGGAAUAACAGACUGAAAACGACAGGAGAUCCAGCAGAGUCACCGGGAACACCGCUCGACGUGUCUUCUAUAGAAAAAGCCAGCUUCCUUCAGGGGGAACAAUUUCUUAACCACGGCAACCCACUCCACAGUACUGCACUUGAGGAUGAUUUUAGCCCGGGGCUUCCACAGGACAAGGGAACACUUUCACAAAAGAAGAUAAACAAAGUAAAAACCAGGAGGGCUGGUCAAGGUGAUGUGGAGACUCCAAAAAGACCCACACAUACCGGGAGGAAACCAGAAACAAAUGGCAAAGGAGAUGGAGGGGUCCAGCAAAACCAUUCUGCUCAACAGAACACUCAGAGGUCCUCAAGGCAAACAGGGACAGGGGCAAAAUCCAAAGCCAGACCUCUGCAGACUGUAUUAGAGGACAGACCAUCAUCAGUUUCCCAGACAGCCUCCUCUGAUGAGACAAGUCAUCAGUCUGAGGAUGCAAACACAGCCAGCAAGAACACUCCUGCCCCAACAUCUAUGCAGGGAAGACCAUCCCUGUCUUCUGAAGAGCUCACAGAUGAGGAUGCCAGCUUUCACCCAAGCAGCAAGAAAUCCAAACCAGGGCAUGGAAGACAAACAAGAAAGUCGCUCUCAACAAACCGUGAGCCUCGGAGUGCACGGGAACAGAACAGGAAAUCGUCAUCAGGUUCCUCAGAUGGAGGUGGUCUCACCGGUAAACAGAAGCACAAAGUGAGACAUGAGAGAAAUCCCACUGAUCUGGAUGUGGUGCUUGAUUCUUUUCAGGACUUUGUCUCAGAGUAUAAGAAGACAGUUGACUCUGACACAGUCAAUCAAGCUAUUGAUGCCUUGUCAUCUUCUUUUGGCGAUCAGCUCACAGAGACAAUCACUGCAACAAAAGAGCUCGGCAACAUUAAGCGUAAAAAUGCCAAGAUAAACAGAGCCAUAAAUCUCAAGAGAACCAAAUUGAUGGAAGCCAAAAACGAACUCAUAAAGAGUGAGGCUCAUAUGCGGAGACUGCAGAAAGGGCGUGAUGAGCUGGAGCAGAGACUCACAGACCUGAGAAAAGCUUGGUCCUUCCUCAGUCACCUGGCCAAGCUUCACAGGAGCUACCUCCAGCACUGCAACACUCACCCUGAUGAAGAGCCAGUGUAUGGUCCCUCCUGUAUGCCAGCACUGCUGCUCGAAGCCAGAGGCAUGCUGGGAGCAGAGCAUCAGCCGAAGACUAUUAAUGAAAAACUGCAGCAAAUCUUGGACCAAGCUGACAGCAAAUAA